UGCACGUUUAUACACGUAUUAGCAUAUUUACUGCAUAUAUUUUAUUUUUUUAUUAAAAUUUUCGAACGUAUACCCAAGGUUGCCCAAGGUUCUACAGUCGAUUCCAUACUUUCGGUGUAGCGUCUGUGGUUCUUCAAUUUAUUGAAUACAAUUUUCAUAAAAAGCGCGCAAUAACAAAGUUUUCUUACUCUGUUUCUUACUUCAUACUUCUCGUCAUCUCAUUGACGGCUUAUGGAAAACAAUUAUGCGUCGCGGUAAAGCAAACAUAAAAAAGUCUAGCUCAAGUGUUUUUCCCGAAUAUAAAAAAGUUAAAAAUGAUAAUAACAAUGAAGAAAAACCUGGCACAAGUAAUAUAGCUUCUGCGCCUCUGAGUGAGCCACAACUUAGCACUCAAAGUAUUGAGAAUACAUAUUCAGAGCUAAAUAAAUAUCAAUAUAAAAAGAAGCCGCAUAUAAAAAUACAAUAUGAAGAGGAUCCUCCACCUAAAAUGGAAGCUUCAGGUUUGUGGGAACCACCAAAAUGGCGAGAAUUUCUAGUAAACUUGCGAAACAUGAGAGCAAAUAAUGAUGCGCCUGUCGAUUCUAUGGGGUGCCAUAUGAGCAUGGAUUUGAACGCAUCACCUGAGGUGUACAGGUAUCAGAGCCUGAUAUCCUUGAUGCUGUCAAGUCAGACUAAAGAUCAAGUCACCUUCGCAGCCAUGGAGCGGUUGCGGAAGCGAGGGCUCACCAUUGAUAGUGUGUUGGAGAUGAGUGAUGAAGAGUUGGGGAAUCUUAUAUAUCCUGUUGGUUUCUGGAAGACUAAAGUGAAGUACAUAAAGAAAACUACACAAACCUUGAAAGAACAGUACAAUGGGGACAUACCAGAUUCAGCGGAGAAAUUGUGCAAACUGACUGGUGUGGGACCUAAAAUGGCUCACAUUUGCAUGAAAGUUGCAUGGAACAAAAUCACUGGCAUUGGUGUAGAUACCCAUGUACACAGAAUAAGUAACCGGAUUGGAUGGGUAAAAAAACCAACCAGCACUCCAGAAGACACUCGCAGAGCUUUGGAAACUUGGAUUCCAUAUGAAUUGUGGAGUGAAGUCAAUCAUCUCAUGGUGGGUUUUGGGCAGACUAUAUGCUUACCCAUAGGUCCAAUGUGUCAUGAGUGCCUUAACAAUGACAUUUGCCCCUCAAGUGGUUUGGGAAGGAAAUCACCCAAAAAAACUCCAAUAAAAGAUGACAAAACUACUAAAGCAUCACCUGCAAAAGACAUUAAAACUGAAGUAACUGAGGACAAUGAGGGUGAAAUUGGAAGACAAGUUAAUAUAGAGGAAAUAAAAUCUCAGAAAAAGAAAAUAACGCAUAAGAAGGAACCUGACCCUGAUUUGUAUGAUUUUAAAAUUGAUGCAAAGACAGAAAUAAGCAAAAAAAAAUUUCAAGCAAACAAUCAAAAGAAGAAGACAAAUAAUAAGAGAAAAUUAGAGUCCAGUGAAAAUAAUAUGAAUGAUAAUGUAUCACCUAGUGAUAAAGAAUUGAAAGAAGUUGUCAAAUCAAAAUCACCAAGAGUUAAAGUGACUACCAAUGAGUUACAAGAUGAGUCAGGUUGAAGUAAAAAUACUAAAGAUGCAAGCAGUGAUAAUGAUUUUGAAAAACCAGGAAGCACAGCAAGGUUGACGUACAGUAGUACUUAAUUAAAAUCAUACUGGUAAUAAAUUUAAAAAAUCGAGUAUUAAAAAAAGAAUGCCAGAAAAAGUAAUUGCAUAUGGCCACAUAAAAGUACAGUUGUCAAUAGUAUACUAUUGGUAUUUUAAGAGUAUAUUUUACAAUUUAUUAUAAAGUGUAAUUUUGGUAAAUGGGAUUUCCUAAAUUUAACACUACUUUAUAUAAAGUAAGAUCAUGUUUUUUAAAAGCAAUCUCAACUUUUUAAAUGUAAGGUUGUUUUUCACUACCUCUAAUAAGUAUUUUAAGUGAUACAUAUGGCAUUUAUGUUACUACCUCAGUUUAGAUCUUUUUGUUGUAUGUUUUUAUUAUAAAAAUAAAAUACUUUUUCAAUUCAA